AUGAGUAACGCCGACUUCCUCGGCCGGGCUAUCGAGACGGUCAAGAAAGCCAUUGAAACGGACACAGCGGGCGAAUAUGAAAAGGCGUACCAGCUGUAUUACAGCGCUCGGGAGAAGAACCAGAAGUCCAAGGAUAUGAUUAGAGGCAAAGUCGCAGAAUACAUGGAGCGUGCAGAGAAGCUGAAGCAACACCUGAACCAAAACGACGCCUCGAAUCGGAAGAAACCAGCAGCCAUGGGCUCAAACGGCAAAUCAGCAGGUGGCAGUGGCAAGGGCGGAGGCGAUGACGACGAAGGCGAGCAAGACGCAGACUCAAAGAAACUUCGCGGUGCGCUCGCAGGUGCCAUCUUGUCCGAGAAGCCCAAUAUUCGGUGGGAGGACGUGGCCGGUCUUGAAGCGGCAAAAGAAGCGCUUAAAGAGGCUGUCAUUUUGCCCAUCAAGUUCCCUCAUCUGUUCACUGGCAAGCGACAGCCUUGGAAGGGCAUAUUGUUGUACGGACCACCAGGUACUGGUAAGAGUUAUUUGGCAAAAGCUGUUGCGACCGAGGCAAAUAGUACCUUCUUCAGCGUGUCAAGUUCCGACCUGGUGAGCAAGUGGAUGGGUGAAUCGGAACGGCUCGUUAAACAGCUCUUUGGAAUGGCGCGCGAGAACAAACCCUCUAUCAUUUUCAUCGACGAAAUUGACGCGCUCUGCGGGCCCCGAGGCGAAGGCGAAUCAGAGGCGUCCAGACGUAUCAAGACCGAGCUGCUGGUACAAAUGGACGGUGUAGGCAAAGAUUCGAAAGGUGUGCUCAUUCUUGGGGCGACAAAUAUCCCAUGGCAACUUGACUCUGCUAUUCGACGGCGAUUUCAGCGACGAGUGCACAUUAGCUUACCAGACACGCCGGCGCGCAUGAGAAUGUUCGAGCUCGCUGUUGGAAACACACCAUGCGAACUCACCCAGGCAGACUACAAGAAACUCGCAGAGCUAAGUGAGGGCUACUCAGGCUCUGAUAUAUCCAUCGCAGUACAGGAUGCGCUCAUGCAGCCGGUGCGACUGAUUCAGACGGCGACACACUACAAACCGGUCGAGGUUGACGGAGAGACCAAAUGGACACCUUGUUCACCAGGAGAUGCGCAGGCGCAUGAAAAAUCAUGGACAGAUCUAGAUGGUGACCAACUCCUUGAACCACCGCUCAAGGUAAAGGACUUUAUCAAGGCGAUCAAGGCUUCAAGACCGACGGUUAGUGGCGAGGAUCUGAAGCGUAGCGCAGAGUGGACAAAGGAGUUUGGUAGUGAGGGCGCGUAGUUGUAGUCACGGCGACGUAUACAUUUGAGGCGCUUUUGGUGUUAUAUCCCCUUCCAGCAUAGCGAUUCGGGGUCCGUGGAAGAAGCGGACUAGGCCGGCCGGCGUUGAAGGAGGCCAAUCUUGGAAAUACAAAUGGUUGAAA